CCACGGUGCAGAGUUAUUAUCUGUGUAGUGAAAAAUGGCGAACGUGGUGCUGGAGUACAGGGCUUCUGCCGGGGACUCCGACCCACAGAGUCGCCCUGUUCUGAUUAUUGGACAGCAGACUAGCCUACAGCAAGUCAACUGGAGCCAAAUCAAAGGAAAACUGCAGCCAGCCGUGAGCAAAGAGGUCUGGCAGGCGGCUCUCGGUGCUUUGAAGCCAAACCCCACAGACAGCUGCCCUCUGUACCUCAACCAUGCUGCAGUGGCCGCACUUCCUUCUCGGGUUAGCCGGCACAACAGCCCGUCUUCUGCCCACUUUGUGUCCCGACUGGUCCGUUCCUGCCUGCCUGGAGGAAACAACCGCUGCAUUGUGAUGGUUUGUGAGCGUUCAGAUGUGUUUGCGUCUUCCUGUGCCAUCGCCAGGGCCUUCCCCAUCUUCUCUCGACGCUCAACAUCGUCCCGCAGGGCUGAGAAGAAGCACGUCACUGUAGAGUUUGUGAUUAUUGGGCAAGACAGCAGUCAUCUGGACGCCUUAGAACUCCAGUGCCUCUCCAACGCUGCUGAUGGCGUGAGGCUGGCAGCUCGCAUUGUGGACACGCCAUGCAAUGAGAUGAAUACAGAUCACUUCUUGGAUGAAAUCAAGUCUGUGGGAACUGAACUCGGAAUUACUCCAGUGAUCAUUCGUGGAGAGGAGCUAAAACAAAGAGGAUUUGGCGGUAUAUAUGGAGUUGGAAAAGCUGCGGAGCAUUUUCCUGCAUUAGCCGUGUUGAGCCACAAACCAGAGGGUGCAACCCAAACCAUCGCAUGGGUGGGCAAGGGCAUCGUGUAUGACACUGGAGGACUCAGCAUCAAGGGAAAGACUACAAUGCCAGGCAUGAAGAGAGAUUGUGGUGGAGCUGCUGCCAUUUUGGGAGCUUUCAAAGCCACUGUCAAGCAGGGCUUUAAGGAUAACCUCCAUGCAGUGUUUUGCCUAGCAGAGAAUUCAGUUGGACCUUUGGCCACACGGCCUGAUGACAUCCACACUCUCUACUCUGGAAAAACAGUGGAGAUCAACAACACUGAUGCAGAGGGCAGGCUGGUGCUGGCUGAUGGAGUGGUGUAUGCCAGCAAAGACCUGUCAGCUGAUAUUAUUCUGGACAUGGCCACUCUGACUGGGGCACAGGGGAUCUCUACAGGAAAGUACCACGCAGCUGUGAUGACUAACAACGAGCAGUGGGAGGUUGCGUGUGUGCACGCCGGCCGCAGCAGCGGAGAUCUCGCUCAUCCUUUGGUCUACUGCCCCGAGUUGCACUUCAGCGAGUUUACCUCUGCCAUGGCUGACAUGAAGAACUCUGUAGCAGACCGUGAGAACGCCCAAAGCUCCUGUGCCGGCCUGUUCAUUGGUUCCCACUUGGGCUUUGAUUGGCCUGGUGUGUGGGUCCAUGUUGACAUUGCCUCCCCUGUCCAUGCUGGGGAGCGUGCCACAGGAUUUGGUGUUGCUCUGCUAAUGGCCCUGUUCGGUCAGGCAUCAGAUGACUCAAUGCUGAACCAGGUGUCUCCUCUGGGUGCAUCCACAAGCGUACCUGAAGAUCAGAUGGAGCGUGACUGCAAGAGACGAAGGCUGGUGUAGAAGUUAAAACAUGCACGGUUACUUACCCAGAACGCUCCGCUGCCACCACACACCCACGCUGUUGAGGCAAGAGCUCCAAACAUUUGAAAUUGUAAUUGUGACCUCUGUGUUCAAAUUUGACUUCAGUGAAUAAAAAUGGAUAAUCAUCAGUAAACCA